AAGAAGGCCCGGGCCCACGAGCCGCUGCCGUAGCCAGGCCCACUUGCAUCUGCCCCGGCUCUGUCUGCGUAUCCCGCCGCAGCAUGGCCACCACCAAGCGCUUUCCCACGCUCGUGCAGCUAGAGCAGCGGGGAGGGGCGCCAUUCCAGGUGCUGGGCGACAACGCCAAGCAGCCCUACUGGUUCCACACUGAGUAUCUCAAGAGCCCGAAGAUGGUUCACCUCGAGGCGUGGCUGGUGGAAGCGAUCUUCGGCCCCGGCGGAGAGCACAUUCCGCACGUCGAGUGUGUGUCGCAGACCCUGCUUCGCAUUAACCAGUGGGAUCCCGAAGGCGAGGCCGAGAUCCUGAUCUUUGGCCGGCCUUCUUACCAAAAGGAUGUGUCCAAGAUGAUCAUGAACUUGGCUCACUACCACCGCCAACUCCGGGCACAAGGUUCGCUGAAGAACGCUGCCCAGCAGGCCGAGCUGCCCAGCUUCUCCGCUGCGGUCCGGGUGGCUAUGCUCCAGGCCUCCCCCGACAAAGUCCGAGUGGUCAAAAGCCAGAGAUCCCCCGACAAAGUUCGGGAGGCCGCGACCCAGCGGUCCCCCGACGCUGUCCAGGAGAAGGGGACCCAGCGGUCCCCCGACGCUGUCCGGGAGAAGGCGACCCAGCGGUCCCCCGACGCUGUCCGGGAGAAGGCGACCCAGCGGUCCCCCGACGCUGUCCGGGAGAAGGCGACCCAGCGGUCCCCCGACGCUGUCCGGGAGAAGGCGACCCAGCGGUCCCCCGACGCUGUCCGGGAGAAGGCGACCCAGCGGUCCCCCGACGCUGUCCGGGAGAAGGGGACCCAGCGGUCCCCCGACGCUGUCCGGGAGAAGGGGACCCAGCGGUCCCCCGACACUGUGCAAGAGAAAACGACCCAGCGGUCCCCCGACGCUGUCCGGGAGAAGGCGACCCAGCGGUCCCCCGACGCUGUCCGGGAGAAGGCGACCCAGCGGUCCCCCGACGCUGUCCGGGAGAUGGCGACCCAGCGGUCCCCCGACGCUGUCCGGGAGAUGGCGACCCAGCGGUCCCCCGACGCUGUCCGGGAGAUGGCGACCCAGCGGUCCCCCGACGCUGUCCGGGAGAAGGCGACCCAGCGGUCCCCCGACGCUGUCCGGGAGAAGGCGACCCAGCGGUCCCCCGACGCUGUCCGGGAGAAGGCGACCCAGCGGUCCCCCGACGCUGUCCGGGAGAUGGGGACCCAGCGCGGUCCCCCGACGCUGUCUGGGAGGUGGCGACCCAGCUGUUCCCCAACACAGUCUAGGAGGUGGCGACCCCUACACUACCUAGAGCUCCCCCAACACUACCUAGAGCCCGGUUCCCAGGUUAUGAAGGCAUUUCGGGGCCCGGAGCUCGAGCCAGGCAAGGUUCAAGUGAAAACCCCUCUCUGGAGCCCUAUUCUAGGUCCAAGUUCUGCAGCAGAAGCUGGGGAAAGGAAAGGGUGGUGUGGGUUGUUCUUGGUUUCCCCUCCCCACCCCCAUGUUAAAUGUUUGCAAGCACAAAUCUAAAAUUGUAACAAAAGAAUCGAAUUUCC